CCCUCUUACCCGGCAACCAGGAACUGAAGUGCUUAGAGCCAAAUUAAGCCAGAGCUUAGUCCGACCUCUGCCAAGACGGUUAAGUUCUUGAAAGAUGUCGACUCUGAAUCGAGUCUUCCUGUCUGUCCUCGCCCUCACCGGCGCGGGGAAUGUCUUGGCGGAGCCGUAUAACACAUUCGACGGCGAUGGAUUUCCUGCUUGCAACGAUGUUGCGCUCGUUCACAAUGCUACCAGCGUCGACGAUAUUGUGGCUUAUGUGAAGAAUGCUUCUGCAAGCAACACGCCUAUUAGGGCUUCGGGAAAAGGACACAUGUGGUAUGACACUAUGUGUUCAGACAACCCGGAGACCAUUAUCGUCCGGACGGAGUUCGUGAAUAAAAUCGAGAACUUCUCGCUUCCGGAAGGCGCCGAGUCUGGGACAGUCGAUAUUGAAGCUGGAGUGACGUUCCUACAAUUCUCCGACUAUCUUCAUAGCAAUAAUGCUUCUAUGGGCUAUACUCUCGUGAAUUGGAAUAUCACGAUGGCGGGUGCGGUGGCUAUGGGUGGACAUCGCUCCGCUAUCCGAGAGGACUCGAUGGUGGCAGCUGGCGUGCUGUCGAUGGAUAUUGUCAACGGAAAUGGCGAUAUUGUGACAAUUGUGAGGGACGACAAUGACGACGAUUGGCUCGCAGCGUCAACGUCAUUGGGUCUACUAGGUGUCAUUGUUCGUAUGAAGUUCAAGAUCUACCCGGAUUUCAAGGUUUUCGCGCAACAGAAGACCUUGGAUGAAGAUGAUGUUUUGAAUGGAGAUAUCUAUGGCAUGAUUGCUCCCUACGCUACUGCCAACUUCUGGUGGUGGCCAUACAUGAGGAAGUUCCACUGGCGGUACUAUGACGAAGUGCCUUUAACACUCAGCGACCAGCAAGGCUUCCAAAACACGUUUUCUAUCUCCGACGCCGAAGCCACCGUCGCCAAAGCAACUCUUGAGAGCGGGAAGUAUCUCGCAACCUCGAACAUGUUCUUCGAAACGACGGCGUUCACGCUGUGGUCCGCGCCCAACUUCCGUGAGAAGACGACGUGGCAAGCGAUCCUGGACUGGCCCGUCUACGGCUGGAACUACGACGUGCUGAUCGGAGGCCUGUAUCCGGAUCAGAAGCCCGAGUGGGAGGAAGGCCUGCACGGCAUGACCCUUGAGCUCGCGUUCCCUAUCACGCAGGCCAACGCUAUGCUCAAGCGCGUGAGACAAGCAUUCGAUGACGAGCUUGCGAAGGGUAUCGUUAUGACGAGUACCUAUCGUAGCGGCAUCAAUAUUAAGUUUGGAAAGCCUUUUUACAAUUUCCUAGGCCAGGUGACGUAUAACACGUCUGAUGGCGCUGAUUGGAGUAAGGGGGCUAUCAUGUUUGACUUCCCGACUUUCAAGCCGAUGAUUGGUGAUGGGAAGCGUUUCAACGAAGACUUUUACCCCAGGUUGACAAAGGCUCUUAUCGACGAGUUCCCAUGUAGACCGCAUUGGACCAAGAACAACCGUGAUGUAUUCGCCAACGCUACCAAGAACCUCGACCCUAGCCACUUAGCACGGUUCAAGGCUGUGCGUGAGAAGUUCGAUCCUCAGGGUAUAUUCAAGAGCAUCGUUGGCGAGAUCUUAGGGAUGUAUGACUGAGUAGGUACCUACCUGGGUACCUCCUAUGAUAGAAUCAGAACUAUCUCAAAUUGUUUGAGGUAUUGCUAUACACUGUCCUUACAGUAGCUACAACAGGCCAAUAUGUAUCUAGCCUAUGAUCUGUACGUACGAAUGAUAAUAUUAAUUGCCUUAUACAACUCCAGGAUGAUGUGUGUCAAGAUAUUAAAGGGGUUUGAUAGAGGCGUAUGUUAACUAUUGGAACAUAUCUACCUAGACGUGUCAUUCCAGUACCUAUAUGAUCCAGUAACUCUUAUUGCGGUACUUAUCAGAUUUUUUUUUUUUUUUUCAUUUUGUUUUGAUUAGGCGGUCUCUACUAGUG